GCGCGCCGCCGCUACCACCGCCGCCGCCGCCGCCGCCGCCGCCGCCGCGUCAGCAGCGUGCCGCACGUGCCCGUGUUUACGUCCCUCGUGGAGCCGCAGACGUCACAGCCGAAUGGCAACAUUGUGGCGGUGCUGAGACUCGAGGUUUAGGAAUCGCCUGCGUUCUCAUUCUGGCUGGUUCGCCGCUGUCGGCGGGUGGCAAGAGAGGCGGCGGGAAGGUAGGCCCCGGAGAGCGGCGGACGCGCGCCUCUGCACGCAGCCCCGCGGCUCCGCGCAGGCCGGUCCGGCGGCCCAGGGCCCGGCGCUGCCGCAGAGAGCGACUUGUAAACAGAUCUGGCCGCACGUGACCAUGUGAACUACCUGCUCCGGGCCGCGUUAUUGUCUGUGGUGAGAGUCGCACCACAAAGGAGCCGGUGGAUGAGCGGCCGGCGCGCUAAGAUGGCUGAAGGCGCCCGGCAAGGGUGAGCUGGGGGCGCGGCCACCGCGGAGACUCGGCCGGGCGGCCCCCCUCGGUCGGGCACCGGAGCUACCAUGUCGUUCGCGUUGGAGGAGACCCUCGAGUCCGACUGGGUGGCGGUGCGGCCCCACGUAUUCGACGAGCGUGAGAAGCACAAGUUUGUGUUCAUUGUGGCCUGGAACGAGAUUGAAGGCAAGUUUGCUAUAACCUGUCACAACCGGACGGCCCAGAGACAGAGAAGCGGGUCUCGGGAACCGGCGGGGACGGCCGCGUCUGAUGGGAGCCGCGGGCCCGGCAGCCCGGCGGCCAGGGGUCGGCCCGAGGCCGCUGCCUCUGCUACAGCGCUCCGGAGCCCCGGACCACGAAAGAGCCAGGCCUGGGCCGAGGGCGGCUCUCCGCGCAGCGCGCGCAGUCUCAGGGGGGAUUCUCCUCGGGGUCCCGCCGGCAAAGGACCGGAGAGUCCUCUCCGUAGCCCGGCGCGGGCUAAGGCCAGCCCGCUCCGCAGAGGCGCCGAGUCUCGAGAUGCGACCGGCAGUGUCACGCCAGCCCCGCCGGCGCCCCCGGUGUCGUCGGUGCGGGUGGUGAGUGCCUCCGGGGCGGUCUCCGAGGAAAUCGAGGUCCUGGAAAUGGUGAGAGAGGACGAAGCGCCACAGCCGCUCCCCGACUCGGAGCAGCCGCCGUCUGCCGCGGAGCUGGAGUCUCCGGCCGAAGAAUGCAGCUGGGCCGGGCUUUUCUCCUUCCAGGAUCUGCGGGCCGUGCAUCAGCAGCUGUGCUCAGUCAACUCCCAGCUGGAGCCGUGUCUGCCGGUGUUCCCUGAAGAGCCGUCCGGCAUGUGGACAGUGCUGUUUGGGGGAGCCCCCGAGAUGACCGAGCAGGAGAUAGACGCUCUGUGUUACCAACUCCAGGUCUACCUGGGCCACGGUCUGGACACGUGUGGCUGGAAGAUCCUUUCCCAGGUGCUUUUCACCGAGACGGAUGAUCCGGAGGAGUAUUACGAAAGCCUCAGUGAGCUGCGGCAGAAGGGCUACGAAGAGGUGCUUCAGCGGGCCAGGAGGCGCAUCCAGGAGCUCUUGGACAAGCACAAGACUAUAGAAAGCAUGGUAGAGCUUUUGGACUUGUAUCAGAUGGAGGACGAAGCCUACAGCAGCCUUGCAGAGGCUACAACUGAACUCUACCAGUAUUUACUUCAGCCAUUCCGAGACAUGCGAGAGCUUGCCAUGCUGCGAAGACAGCAGAUCAAGAUUUCCAUGGAGAAUGAUUAUUUGGGGCCUCGAAGAAUUGAGAGUCUACAGAAAGAAGAUGCUGACUGGCAGCGGAAAGCUCACAUGGCUGUUUUGUCUAUUCAGGAUCUCACUGUCAAAUAUUUUGAAAUAACAGCAAAAGCUCAGAAAGCUGUGUAUGAUCGGAUGCGAGCAGAUCAGAAGAAAUUUGGCAAAGCAUCAUGGGCAGCAGCUGCUGAGCGAAUGGAAAAACUCCAGUAUGCAGUUUCUAAAGAGACUUUGCAGAUGAUGAGAGCAAAAGAGAUUUGUCUGGAACAGAAGAAACAUGCACUAAAAGAAGAGAUGCAAAGUUUACAGGGUGGUACAGAAGCUAUAGCUCAGUUGGAUCAGCUAGAAUCUGACUACUAUGAUCUGCAACUUCAGUUGUAUGAAGUACAGUUUGAAAUCUUGAAGUGUGAAGAGUUAUUACUAACUGCACAGUUGGAGAGCAUCAAAAGACUUAUAUCAGAAAAGAGAGAUGAAGUGGUGUACUAUGACACUUACGAAAGCAUGGAGGCCAUGCUGGAGAAGGAAGAGAUGGCAGCAUCUGUGCAUGCACAGAGGGAAGAGCUACAGAAACUGCAGCAGAAGGCACGCCAGCUGGAAGCAAGAAGGGGCCGUGUCUCAGCCAAGAAAGCCUACCUCAGAAAUAAAAAGGAAAUUUGCAUUGCAAAACACCAUGAAAAGUUCCAGCAGCGUUUUCAGAGUGAAGAUGAAUAUAGAGCCCAUCAUACAGUACAAAGAAAGAGAGACAAAUUACAUGAUGAAGAAGAAAGAAAAAGUGCCUGGGUUAGCCAGGAGAGACAGAGGACACUGGAUAGACUUCGAACAUUUAAGCAGAGGUACCCCGGACAAGUCAUCCUUAAGUCAACCAGAUUACGAGUGGCUCAUUCAAGAAGAAAAAGCACAGCAAGUCCUGUGCCCUGUGAGGAGCAGUGUAACUCUCUCCCAGCAAUGCUACAGGGCCAGGAGGAGAAAACAGAGGUGGUAGGAGGAAGCCAGCUUGAGUCUUCACAGACAGCAGAGCCCCGGAGCCUUGUCCAACUUGAAGACACUUCGUCAGAACAACUUGAAUCCACCUCAUUACCUCCUCAUGCUGUCAGCUCUGAACUGCCUGCUCCUGAGGCAGCCCCACUGUCGGCUAGUAGAGACCCCAAACCAUGUUCUGUUACUAUAGAUCCUCUCCCACCCCCUCUUCCUCCAACUCCUCCCCCUCCCCCCCCUCCUCCUCCACCCCCACCUCUGCCUGUUGCAAAGGACAAUGGGGGCACCACCACUGCAGAGACACUGGAGAAAGAUGCACUUAGGAAGGAGGGUGGUGAGAAGAGCAUCCCUAAGUCAGCCAGUGCACCCUCAGCACACCUCUUUGAUAGCAGCCAGCUGGUCAGCGCCCGGAAAAAGCUCAGAAAGACUGCUGAAGGUUUGCAGAGGAGGAGAGUGAGUUCACCCAUGGAUGAAGUGUUAGCAUCCUUGAAGCGUGGUAGUUUUCAUCUGAAAAAGGUUGAACAGCGGACUCUGCCUCCUUUUCCUGAUGAAGAUGAUAGUAAUAAUAUUUUGGCACAGAUCAGGAAAGGGGUAAAAUUGAAGAAGGUUCAGAAGGAAGUUUUGAGAGAAUCCUUCACACUUCUGCCUGAUACAGACCCCCUGACACGGAGCAUCCAUGAAGCCCUGAGAAGAAUUAAAGAAGCAUCCCCAGAGUCAGAGGACGAGGAAGAGGCUUUGCCUUGCGCAGACUGGGAGAAUUAGCAGGUGACUUAACAGAGAGAAGAAAAAUACCCAUGGAUGAAGACUGGCUGUGAUUCUUUGGGCAAAAGUUUAAGCUCUUGGUCCCACCGUUGGAUUCCAUUAGUUCCUGAGUAUAUUGACAAAGUGGUAUGAAAAGAGGAAGCACAAACGGAGGUUCCUACUGUCCAGUCAUUCUCAUUGAUAGUGCAAUGUUCCCGACUGCAGUGAGAACAAGCCUCCUGACAACGCUGCUCCUUACCCAUCCUUUCUCCCCAUCUACCCAACCAUAAUCUCAUAGUGGCCAGUUCCAUCACUAUGAAUUCAAAGAACACUGGGUUGGCAGAGUUCUGCUGUGUGAGCUGCUCUGGGAUUCAUCUUUCCGUGAACUCAGAAGACACUUGCUGAAGCACAGCGGCUUCUACAUCAGCUUACAGAAACAGAGUGACAUGCUACAGAAGACACUUGUCCAAGGUAGUUAUGGUCAGGAAUGAAAAACCAACAUGAAACGCACUUAAAAUUAUUCAUCUCCAGAGGAGAGGUUCAGUAUCUGAGAAGCCAAUGGAGAUAUUAAUAAUGUGUGCACCAAAACAUGACACAUUUAACAAGGCAUAUUUUUAAGAGGCCACAGUCUUACAUUUUGUAAGAGUUUGAAGUUAAAAUUUCCAUGCUUUUAAAAUAGCGUUUCAUAAUUCUGAAUUUAGAAUAGUUUGAAUUUUAUGUGCAUCCUGUUUAUGAGAAGCAAUGCUUUGUAAUUUGAUAAUGUUAUUUUUAGUCUUUUGUUUGAACUACUGGUUGAUUACUCUAACUCAUGACUUUCCUAUUGAAUCAAAAAUCAGGAUUCAACAGUAGGGAUACAAAUUACAACACCCUGUAUCAUGCACCAGUUUUUAUUGUUAUCCUCCACGGUGAGGAGCAUGUGUUCAGUAAAGGUCCAGAAGGCAGCCGGUCCCAAAAGCCUCCAGCUGGCAUUUUACUGUGUUUUUUUUUUUUUUUUUUUUUUUUUUUUUUUUUUAAUUCUGUAGAUAGAACUUUAGACUUUAGGAGAUCAUUUGUUGCUGUUACUAAAUCUUUAAACUCACAUGUGUAGAUCCAGUGCUGACUCACUUGUCGGGCAGUGGUGGCACACACCUUUAAUCCCAGCACUUGGGAGGCAGAGGCAGGUGGAUCUCUGAGUUCAAGGCUAGCCUGGUCUAUAGAGUGAGUUCCAGGACAGCCAGGGCAACACAGAAAAACCCUGUCUUGGGGGUUGGGGGUGGGGUGUUGGGAUUCCAUUUAUGAAUGGGGCCAGCACGGAUUGUCAGUGUGGACAUGUAUGUGUGCUAAUGAUGAAGACAGGCCUUGGGGUUAUAUGGAGGAAUUGAAAUACCAAAAAGAACUUCAUUCCUAGAAAAUCCUUCUCCAGCACUGCCCAGACACUUCCCUGAAGUGAAAGCCUCUUGAUGUCUGCAAUUGUUUUCCUCUAGGAACAUGGCUCCCUUCUUGUCACUUUUAAGAGAUGUUAUUCUUUAAUUAUGAAAAAGUUUCUUGUAACGGGUUAUAGAAAACCAAAUCUUUGCACUUAAAAUAUUCAAGUUUAUUGAUAAGACUGGGAGCUCAUUUAGCAUUUACUUUAUAUAUUGGUUUUAGUUCAAGCAUAAUUCACACAUCUUGUCCACAGCAGUUAAGCAGCUCUGAUAUAUAUAUAUAAGCCUCAUUCUAAGAUGAUCUGUGUGUCCUUUAUAUCCCCAGUAAAGCACCAAAAUGUAAUGUGUUUAACCCAAAGAGUCAUUGGCUAGAUAAAAUAUUUGAAAACCUUCAAAACUUACAAAUGUUCUAAAAAUCACCCAUUGUUUACAUACUUGUAAUAUUUAAGACCUGUCCAUCCAUGCAUUAUAUAUUCAGGUUCUUUAUUUACGUAGUUUUGAGACCAGGUCCUGCUUUGUAGCCCUGGCUGGCCUGGAAUUUGUCGUGCACACCAGGCCCCACUCAGCUUUGCAGCAGUCUUCUUGUCUCUGCCUCUCUUACAGGUAUGCACCAAGAUGCCUGGGGCUGUUUUGUUUUUUUUUUUUUAAGAUUCAUUUUUAAAUAUAAUUUUAAAGAUAAAAUUUUAAAUUAUGUAUAACUAUGUACAGAGGCUCUGGCUUGGUAACUGGGAACCAAACUUGGGUCUUCUGAAAGAACAGUAUAUGAUCUUAAUCCCUGAGCCAUCUCUCCGGUCCCAUUUUUUUUUAAAACUUUAGGAAAAUAUGGAAUAUAAUUUAACAAGAGUCAUUGUUUUGUAAUCAGUUUUAGCACCAAACACCUGGGCUUUGUAGGUGGGAAUAAGUUGGGACAAUGAAUAGCUCUCAGCACAUCCUGACAAUCCAAGAUCACAGCAUGGAGCCUUCAGCCUGUUUUCAAGUCAAUGAGUUUCUCACAACAUGCCAGUCUCUCUGCCUCUGGAUCCUUGUUUUUGUACUGGAGUGUGGCUCAGUACUAAAGUAGCAUUGCUUCUUAAUCCUCAAGAGAUGAUUUUUUUACUUCAUAAAAUCAUACACAUUGGAGUUAUUCAUAAUAGUACAAUUUAAAAUAACUAGCAUACAAGUGUUCAUCAAAUCGCCAGAUGAGCCCUCAUUAGUGUAAAAUGGUUUUAGGGCUCUAGGAAAAUGACAAUAAAUAUGAUGUGUUUUCUUUCCCACCUUACUUUCCUAGACACCCAGUAAAACACAGAAGUUUUGCUUAAGUUUAGAUGCAAUCAGCAGACCAGAAUUGUUGAGCUCUGGCCUUCACAGUUCAUUCAUGUGUAGUUGUUAUGGCACUCAGCCAAUGCUUCCAGUUCCCAGUGUGCUUAAGUUAGCCUUCCAUGAUGUCCUUUAUACACAGACACUGCUUGUCUGUGCCAUUCCUAAGUGUUUUAUACUGAAGAUGGGAAAGCAGGAGAUGACUUGAGAUGCUUAAUCUAGUGUUACUCUUCAUACUUGAAUGUCGAUUUCAAAAAUGUCCCUGAUUCAACCAAAAUUAUGUAUAGUAGCCAAUGUACUACGUAUAGAAAAGGAAUCUCUAGAUUAAAGGUCCUAAUUUUUUUUUAGCAAUACGGAAUUGCUGGAGAAUGUGGACUUUUAGGAGCUAAGCAAUGACUUUAUUUAAAGAGUGUUUUAUAUAUGGGUAUGAUGUUCAUGAGACAGCAUAAAAACAAUCAUUCCUUAGUUGUUCAUUGUGCACUUAAAACUUUUUCAAAAUUCUUUUUUUCUUCCUUCUUGGGAUAGGGUUUCUCUAUGUGGCCCUAGCUGUCCUGGAACUCCCGCUGUAGAUCAGGCUGGCCUCAAACUCAGGGAUUUGCCUGCCUCUGCUUCCUGAGUGCUGGGACUAAACGCACGUGCUACUACACCCGUUGCAAAUUCCAUUUUUAAAAAGAUACUGGUGUGGUAUGGAUUUUCCUAUAGUGAACACUUUGACUGUACAGUGUUGUGUUCAGAGGGUUCUCUUUCCUAUAAAUAUGAAUGUAGAAGAAUCCUUGGUGCCACAUAUGUCCUAGAAUGCGGUAAGUUACAUGGUGUCCUGCAGACACCAUACACUAGGAAUUAGAAUCUGGUAAGAUACAGCAUGACAGACAGCUGUAUGGCAUGGCAUGGGAACAUACACAUUGAUACAGUUGUAUUCUAUAGACUCCCUGAGACUUCUUUUUGGAAUUCAUUCACAGAAUAUGUUUGUAUUUAUUUAAACCAAUGCUUUUAGGCCAGCUUUGUAAUACACACAUCAACAGAAAUCAACCUGCAUAGUGAUUUUGGGUCUUUAAUGGGCCUAUCAGGGAGUUUUGAGCUUUCUUACAUUUUACCAGGUAAAAUAACUAAAAGAUCCUGAACAACUGCAGGACAUUUCAAACAACUGCAUACAGCUUAAGAUGCAAGCAUUUCACAGGGGAAGCAGAGACCUUUAAUUUUUUCUCGUCUUUGCACUGAAUAUAAAUGAUUAUGUAAAGCUAAAUGUGCAUAUUGACCAUUUCAUUUGUGCUUGGUGUUGCUAGUGACCAUCAAGACUUUAGAUGGAAGAGGGGUGAGAAAGCAGAAGCACCUUACAGCUGAGCACACUGUUCAUGUCUUACUACUGAAGUAGUUAAGCCUGAACUUUUUGUUAAAGCACAUUAAAAUCCCGCCUAAUUGUUUUGAAAUAUGAGGCAGUGGUAUUUUUAUCCUAUAAAUAUAGUAACUUAACAGGUUUUCCUAGAAAAUGAGUUUAUAUCGUUAUCUAAACUAUCCUUUGUGUAAACAGAAGCUGUUAAAAGUAGGAGGCAGUCCUGAUGCAGAGACAGACAGUGAGAGAGUCCACUAAAAGUUCCCUGAGUUAUGCUAAAGAUGUUCUCAUUUUAAUUUUUUUUUUGUCCACAGUAAAUGUACAAUUUGGCAUUUGUAUGACUUAAUGGAUUGAGUUCCACGCUUAUAAAUAUAUCCACUCUUCAAAGCACAUUUAUUGGGCCACUGUAAGGUGCAUGUACAGAAAAUACCUGUGAGGUUGACAUGCUAAAGUGUUCAUGAAUGCUGCUUCAUUUUGUCCUCAAAGAAUCAUUUGUUUUGAGAGGAAGGGGCGGUUUCAUUUCUUUUGUGUUUGUUUUUGAACAUUUUAUUUGUGCUUCCUGUUGCCACUGGCCAUCAAGACUUUAGAUGGAAGAGGGGUGAGAAAGCAGAAGUUACAGUUAACAGUGGCCCAGUGUGGGACAUUAGAAGAAUGUAGGAAAGACCUUGAAAUGUUUAAAAACAAAAGGUGUGGGUUUGAGUUUUAACAGGAGAAAACAUUUUUACUUGCAUGUUGUAUAGUUAACUGUCAAGGAAGUGUAAUGCGGCAUUUUAGGUUUCUCCACUCAAAUUCCUUUGUCUUUCCUAUGAAGUCUUUGCAGUUACCAGUGGCAUUUCCCUUUCCUGUGGUUUCCCCUUCAUUUGUGUGAUGUGACAAGGGUUGCAUCCUAUAGCAGUUUCUUACAAUGUUUUUGACACAAUCCCCACUGCCUUGUUGAAUCUCUCUCUGUACUGUAUGCACUGCCAAGUGUGAAACCAUAAUAUGUAGUUUAUUGAGAAACAGAAGGCUGCAGAUCAUUUUGCAUGAGUAAAACCCACUGGGACUAAAGAAACUGACACUUUUUUCUUUUUACUAGUUUUGGGUAAAUGAAGAUUACAAUGGCAGACUGACUCACCAUUACUAGCUUUGUGCAAUGUUAUAAAGGCAAAAACACUAUGCACUGUGCUUGGCUUUACAGAUGGCUUUCCCACCACGAUAUUAAGUGGAUUGUCUACAGCAUACUAUAAAUGCCAUCUCUUGCAAAUUUAUUAUAUUAAAUAUGCUCAGUUAACACUCAAGUAUUACAAGUAUAAGAAAACUACUAAGCAGGCAUUUAUAGCAAUACUAUGAAAUCUCCAAUCACUGUUUUGACUGUCGCCUUCUGCUCCUUAGUGCAGCCUUUCCGCAUCAUAGCUGCUGCUUUUUUACAUUUCACACUCCCGACUUAGAGUUAAGUCCUUGCUCACCCAGUGUUGCACUCACCUUUCUUGUACAUGCAAUGUAACAACACACAGUUUUGGUGCUUAACAAUAUUCCUUUUUUUCUUUAAUAAAGGAUAUUUAUUUGAA